CCCGGAUCUCCCCAAGCUGCAUCACCCUCGCACCCCCCUUCUCCUGAACCUCACCAAGCUGCCCCUGCACGUCUCCCUUCAGAAGCUCCCGAAGCACCUCGCGCACGGCGUCAAUGGCGACCUUCAGCAGCCCUUCGUCGGGCUCUUGAUGAUGUACUUCCUGAAGGUCCUAGCCGACUAUUCCAUCGUCUGGACGCUGCGACGAACCAGCGAAUCGACGAAGCCGAGCAUGUCCUGCCUUCAUCCUCAAAGUCGCUUCCGCAGGUCAUUCUGCACGUACACGAGAAGAUUCGCACCCUCCCCAAUGCCUUCGGCCUUUCCAGAACUUACCGAAGACGGCCUGUUGGUCGUAUCCCAGACGCCGAACUUCCACUCGACCGCUGUACUGAUGUACCUGCCCCUCGACCACGGCGCAUGCGGCGGGCCGUGAAGGACAUCAUCUACCCUUAUCCGAACAUCAGUGCAUUCCUCAUCGGACGUUGGCACGAGAAGGGCAGCGAGAAGAAGACCCUCCAUGAACGUCAAGAAUUGCAGAAGGUUAUCCUCGAUCCUCGCUUCAACCGUGACGACCUUCGGGAUGUCGACUUCGUGAAGAUCGACCGUCUCCUCGCUGAAGAUGUACAGUCGCCGCUCGGGGGAUCCGGGUGGGGCGACAAUUCGGUGACAAUUGAUAUACCGACCGGCUACAAGGACACGAAGCAUGUCAAACAACAACGCCGUCAGGACGCCAUGAAUGCUCAGCGC